AUGGAUCUGGCUGGUAGUGCCUCUGCAUCACCCUCGUCGUCGCGUGGGCCCACAGCCCGCCGGAAGGCGACGAUGUAUCGCAAGUUCACCGUUGAACAGCUGGGCCCCUACUAUAACUCGAUUCCGGACGUGAUGAAUGCCGUGGGCUCGUUUGGCAAGUACCAGAUCUUUUGCUGUUUCGUCCUCUCCUACUCCUCUGUGCUGUGGACAGCCGACUACGCCUUCGUAUACCAGAAUUGCUCUACACUAACGCCUGUCAACGUUCAGUUCUUCACGGUGAUGGAAGAAUUCAAACUGAUUUGUGCAAGAAAGUUUUAUUUCCUCUGGCUAUUCACUGGCUAUCUGUGUGGUCAUUUACUGGGCUGUUGUCUUGGAGGUUUGAGCGCUGAUCUGUUUGGAAGACUCUCUGGGUUCUUUGCCACACUGACGAUCGGUCUGGUUAGCAACGUCAUGUCCAUUGCCAGCAGAAACUGGACAGCGUUCAUUGCAUUUCAGAUAGUGAACGGGAUUGCAAUGGGGAAAAUGGAGGUGAACAGUUUGACUCUUUUCAUAGAGUUCACCGAGGAGAGUUUUCGACUUGUGCCCAUUGCAGUAUUUCAAUCAGGCGUCGCCUUCCUAGUCGUUUCGUUGAUAGCCUUCCUAACUGUCCAGUGGCGCUAUUACUUCAUUUUUGUCGGUCUGAUUUCGGCUCCUUUGAUGUAUCUGCACCUCGUUUUUCGGGAAUCGCCACGAUGGUUACUCGUCCGAGGUAACGCGGACAAGGCAGCCGAGGUGUUGUCCGAAAUCGCCUCUGAUCGUUGGAACAAGAAAAACUUAACGAUCGUGCCUGCUCAACUAUUAGUGGCCAGAAAUCGCAUUAGAAGGUCCUCGUCAUUGAUCAAUGCCGUGAAGAGUUCUAGAAGAGUGCUGUUCCUAUUCGUGCAGAUCCUGUCGUCCUUCAAGUGGAGCAUGGUGAACAACUUUCUACUGGCAACCAUGGGCAACCGACUCGUUGGAAUCCACUUUCACCUGCUGAUCAAUGGACUCGUUCGAGUACUAGUGCCUAUCGUAGUGAUUACUGCGUUUUACAAGGUCGAGUGGUGA